GGAAGGAUGUCUGGACAGUGUUUACUAGGCCUCCAGCACUCUCCCCCAGCCCUGCCCCCAGCUCCGAAAAGAAAAGCUUCCUGGAAAUGUCCUUGUUAUCGCUUCCCGCGUCGGGCUGGGGGCUGGGAGCGGGCGGUCCCCCCGCCCCCGGCUCGGCCGCUCCGCGGGCGCGCUCGCUCGCAGCGCCGCCGCGCCGCAGUCCUCAGAGAGCGGCGCCCGGGUCGUAGCUCCGCGGCGCGCAGAGCGCAAGGGUCCUCGCGACGAAGCGCCACCGUCCCCGCCCGCAACUCCGCCCGCUGCGCCAUGAGGGGCCCGGGUGGGCGCUGCGGGGCGCUGCUGGCGUGCCUCGCCCUACUGCUUCCCGUCUUGGAGGCGAACUUUUUGUCAAAGCAACAUGCUUCGCAGGUCCUGGUUAGGAAACGCCGUGCAAAUUCUAUGCUUGAAGAAACGAAAAAGGGUAAUCUUGAAAGAGAAUGCAUUGAAGAGCUGUGCAACAAAGAAGAAGCCAGGGAGGUCUUUGAAAAUGACCCUGAAACGGAAUAUUUUUAUCCAAAAUAUUUAGGUUGUCUUGGCUCUUUUCGUGCUGGAUUAUUCACCGCUGUACCUCUCUCAACUAAUGCCUACCCUGACCUAAGGAGCUGUGUCAAUGCCAUUCCAGAUCAAUGUAAUCCUCUGCCAUGCAAUGAAGCUGGAUAUUUGAUCUGCAAAGAUGGCCAAGCUGCAUUCACUUGCAUUUGUAAAUCAGGUUGGCAAGGAGAGAAGUGUGAACUUGAUAUAAAUGAAUGCAAAGAUCCUUCAAACGUAAAUGGAGGUUGCAGCCAGAUUUGUGAUAAUAUACUUGGAAGUUACUACUGUUCCUGCAAAAGUGGUUUUGUUAUGCUUUCAAAUAAAAAGGACUGCAAAGAUAUAGAUGAAUGCUCUGUGAUGCCAGGCAUUUGUGGCACAGCUGUGUGCAAGAACAUCCCAGGAGGCUUUGAAUGUGAAUGUCCUGAAGGCUACAGAUACGAUCCCACAUCAAAGUCGUGUCAAGAUGUGGAUGAAUGCUCUGAGAACAUGUGUACUCAGCUUUGUGUCAAUUACCCUGGAGGUUACUCUUGUUAUUGUGAUGGGAAGAAAGGAUUCAAACUUGCCCAAGAUCAGAAGAGUUGUGAGGCUGUUCCAGUGUGCCUUCCUUUGAACCUUGACAAAAAUUAUGAAUUGCUCUACUUGGCAGAGCAGUUUGUAGGGGUUGUUUUGUAUUUAAAAUUUCGUUUGCCGGAUAUCACCAGAUUUUCAGCUGAGUUUGAUUUCCGGACAUAUGAUUCAGAAGGUGUUAUCCUGUAUGCAGAAUCUUCUGAUCACUCAGCUUGGUUCCUGAUUGCACUUCGUGAUGGAAAGAUUGAAAUUCAGUUUAAGAAUGAAUAUACAACCAAAAUAACAACUGGAGGCAAAAUUAUUAAUAAUGGUCUAUGGAAUAUGGUCUCUGUGGAAGAAUUAGAGCAUAGUAUUAGUGUAAAAAUAGCUAAAGAAGCUGUAAUGAAUAUAAAUAAACCUGGAAGCCUUUUUAAGCCUACAAAUGGGUUUCUAGAAACCAAAGUAUACUUUGCAGGACUGCCUCGGAAAGUGGAGAAUGCACUUAUUAGACCGAUUAACCCUCGUCUAGAUGGAUGUAUUCGAGGCUGGAAUUUGAUGAAUCAAGGAGCUUCAGGAGUAAAGGAAAUUAUUCAAGAAAAACAAAAUAAGCAUUGUCUUGUCACUGUGGAGAAGGGUUCCUACUAUCCUGGUUCUGGAGUUGCUCAAUUUAGCAUAGAUUAUAAGACUGUGUCCAAUGGUGAGGCUUGGCAAAUGAAUGUGUCCUUGAAUAUUCGCCCAUCAGCGGGCACUGGUGUUAUGUUGGCCUUGGUAUCUGAUAACACAGUGCCCUUUGCCUUGUCCUUGGUGGACUCCACCUCUGAAAAUUUUCAGGAUAUCCUGGUAUCUGUUGAAAAUACGGUAAUAGCUCGGCUAGAGGUCUUAAGUCUGUGUUCCAGUCAACAAUUCUAUCUGGAAAUCAGAGUCAAUAGAAACAACUUGGAGCUGUUGACUGAACUUAAAAAAAGUAGCAUCUACUCUGAAGAUUUUCAAGGACAAUUUGCCAUCUUGGACAAAGCAAUGCAAGGAACACUGGCCACUUACUUGGGUGGGCUUCCAGAUGUCCCAUUCAGUGCCACACCAGUGAAUGCCUUUUAUAAUGGCUGCAUGGAAGUGAACAUUAAUGGUGUGCAGUUGGAUCUGGAUGAAGCCAUUUCUAAACAUAAUGAUAUUAGAGCUCACUCAUGUCCAUCAGUUUGGAAAAACACAAAAAAUACUUAAGGCAUCUUUUUUCUGCUGAUACUAUCUUUUUCCUGUGUGUAAUUAUGCUUGUGUUUCAAUAAUAGUUGAAGGGUUUUACCUGCAAUGUGCAGACCUGGAUGAUUUUGUGGUACUUUAACCUCCCUGGAAUUUUAAAAAGAUCCUUUUUCAAGAAAACAAGAUUCUCUUGUGGUGUAAAUCACAUUAAUUUUUUUUUUUACCUCUGUUGCUGUCUAGAAAUUAAAUAAUGAAACAGAAAAAUUUUAAUUUGAAUUUUUUGUUACAAUUGAGAUUUCAUUUUUAUGUUUGUUAAAGAUAGAUUCAAUUUGAUCAUCGUGAACUAGUGUUUAAAUAUUUAUUUUUCUGGUAAGGCACGGAUGUUAAAACCUUGUUGGAACCCAAACAAAAGUGCAUUUGACUAAAUAAUGUUACUAGCCCUCUCAGGUCAGAACAAGAGUCCUUUUACCUGGUGUCGUCCAUGCCAGCAGAAUGACAUCAGUUCGGUUAAGAAGCAAAGGAAAUCUUUAUUCUUAGAUCAGAGGAUGGAGCCGUGUGAGCACACGCUCUCCCGCUCCCCGCCGCCACCCCAUGCCAGGCUGUGGGCGGGUCUCCUCAGGAGAGCGGGGCCAGAGUUCUCGCGGGACAGGGCCGGAGUUCUCGCGGGACGGGCACAGCCAUGCUGCUCAUGCCCCGGACCGCAGCGCAGCGGCUCAGGCCCGUCGCCGCCAUCUUGAAUGGCAGUGUCGUGACCAGCAGCUUCUGCACCGCCCGCUGAGCUGAGGUGUUGGGCGCUGCUGUUUCACACGGGGAACUCUGGUCUGAAGGGCCAGGUUCAAGACCUCUGCAUGCAGCGCCCUGUGAGCAAGUGAAACUAGACUAAGCACAAAGGAAAAAAAAGGUUAGACUUUAUUUUAUUACUCAGAUUCUGUUUUUAUUUCCUGGGAAUUGCUAUUGGGCUUUGCCGGUGACACUGUUGAUCACAGUAGAUGCUGUUGGUUUUCAUUUUUUUCGCAUGAUGGCAGAAGAGACAGUGGCCUAUUAAGCAUGAAUGGAGUGGAGGGCUUUAAAGCUUUAUUCCAGAACAAUCCUUCAGGGGGACGAGCUUUGACUAUCUUUCUUUCACCUGGUUUAGCAUUUGAACCAGUAGCUUUACUGAAGUGGGGCAGAUUUUCAUGAGAGCAGCACAUGGAUCUUGCUGGUUAGUAAUUGGAUUCUAUGAGGUUGGGAGACUGGAUUGUGUUAGAAAGGGUAUAGAAACCUGGGAUGGGUACAUUCCGUAAGUUUGGCUGUGUGGGUCACACAAGUGACCAUUUAGAAAAAGCAAAACCUAAUCAUGGAAAGAAUGAAUGAGAGGAUAAAUAAUGUGGAAGCUCAUAAUUUUUCUUGAAUCCAACUUGAGUUACCAGAGUAAGUUGCCAGAAUAUUAUUGCUGAAGGACAAAAGGAACUGUGAGAACUAGAAUAGAUUUUAAUAAAAGGAUAACCACAGAGGGACAUAGUUAAUGUUGUGCUUUUGUAAUGCUGUGUCUUUGAAGUAAGGAGGUAAGAUUGCUUUGUACUUGCUGGCAGUGCAUUUCGAGUGGCAGUUUUCUCCCUCUCAAGCCUACUAUGCACAUUAGGAAUGUAUCAGUUGCUUCACUGACAGCUUUGGAAAAUAAACUUUUUCCACUAUA